AUCAUUAUUUCUUAUUGUUUUGGUAAGUCCAGCCUGUUCUAUCACUACUGAGGUGUUUAAAAUUUUCUAUUUUUUCCCAUCUGUUUUUCCCUUGAUUUUAGUCAGUAAAUGUAUUGUCCUGUUAGUAUUCCAGAGUAUCUUUGCUAUUUUAGCAAGAGAUAAUGAACCAAAGCUGCAAGAAGAAACUUAGAGGCAGAGAAUGAGGAUAUCACUUUGUAGAUUGAUUAAGGUGAUGGUUAAAAAUUAUGGUAGGGAGCUAGUACAUACUUGGAUAAAGUGCUCACAAACUUUAUAACACGUGUUGGGCAUUUACCCCUUGCAUGAAGCAUAACAUCAGUUCAAAAGCAGAGUCUAUUAUAUGUGUUUUCAAUAUUUAGUUGAUUAUUUUGUUAUAGUUCACCUUUCCAUAUUGGGUAAUCUAUUAGAGUAUACUAAUGCUAAGAUUGGGCUGCUUCAAUCUUUCUUUUGCAGCCAGUUGCUCCCUCAUAUUGGCUCUAUAAUAUGACACCUAACCAACUACUUUGAGACUUCUGCUUUGCGAGAGCUAAGGAUAAAGAUGUACGCAAUUAUGAAAGUUCUGCUGAUGUCACUCGGGUUUGGUAGGCAUUUUAAAUUUUCUACACGUUUGUACUUCUUUUGUCCUUUGUUUAUGCUGAUAACCAGCUGCCUAACUUAGAGGCUGGGUUGUCUGUGGGCACUUGGACUCCUCCUUAUAUGGUCUUGAGCAAUCCUCACCUCUUGAGCUUGAGGAUAUCCAGACACUUGACUGAUGUGAUUGUUCACAAUUCAUUGAUGGAUUUGGAUGAGGGAGGCACAUCUUCUGUUGCAAAACAGAAGAUAUAUCCAGAGACUACAACAAAGACUUCCCGCAAGAAGAGGAAGCAUGCAAGUGCAAGUAGUUCUCUUGAGGGGCAGCCUGAUAGAGAUGUUUUUGAAGUGGAAAUAUCCCCAAAUAUGGCUUCGUUAUCUGUUAAGAUAGCUGCACUAGAGGCAUUGGAAACCCUUCUUGCUGUGGGUGGUUCUUGGAGAUCCGAGAGUUGGCGAGUAAAAGUUGAUCACCUUCUUUUGGAUGUUACCAGAAAUGCUUGGAAAAGAGGGUGGGCCAAGGAUGACAGAGGCGAAGACUAUCAAAUUGCAGCUUUACGGGCCCUUCUGGCUUCUCUCCUCUCUCCUGGACGCACUCGCCCACCACACCUAUCUCAAGGGCUUGAACUUUUCCGCAGAGAGGUUGUAGAUUUGGAGGUUCCUAUAAAAGAUACUUCGGUAACAUCAGCAUUUGCUGCAACUCAAACACAUGAUGGCAGGUGAAAAGAGGAGUAAGAAAACAAAAAAGGCUAAGGAGACGGGGGUUCCCAGAGACCACAAGAAAUCCUUGCGAUUAGAGAUAGAAGCCCGUCGCCACGUCUCCUACCACGCGGCGCUCCAUUGGCACGUCUUCUAAUACCGAGUCGUUCGAUAGAGUGUCAAACACACAAAGGUAUGUUUGAAUGUUAAUGUUGUGGUGGAUUUGUGGAUUGUGUAAGUGUUUUGUAGAUGUUUGCGAGGGGUGAAGUAGUCUAAUGUUGUAGACUAACUUAGUCUAAUGUCGUAGACUAACUUAGUGUAGAUCUACUAGUUUAAUGUUUUGUGGAUGUUUGCAAAGGUUGUGAAGUAGUUUAAUGUUGUGUAGAUGUUUGCGAAUGUUGAAGUAGCUUAAUGUCUCUUCGGAAUGUUUGAAUGAUGUUUCGAUUCAACUUUGAAGUAGUUUCGAAUUGAAUUUGACGUAUUGUUGGUUGUAAUAUAUGUGUUUGUUGAAGUA